CACAGAAGCGAUUGGCAGUGUCAGCAGCCAUUGAUGCGCUUUAUCUCCAGGAGGACAUAUAGACAUUAAUUCUUGGUUAUUUGCUGUUUUCUGCGGACAGCAACCAUGGUGUCUCACUCUCUCGCGUUGCCGAUGAUCUGCUUCACCACGUUAUGGGGGCUGGUAGGGGUCGUGGCUCCGUUUCUGGUGCCCAAAGGACCGAACCGGGGUGUGAUUGUCACCAGUCUCAUCCUCACUGCCGUCUGCUGUUACCUGUUCUGGUUGGUAGCCAUCUUGGCUCAGGCUAAUCCUCUGUUUGGCCCUCAGCUGAAGAAUGAAACUAUAUGGUACCUGCUCUACUUCUGGGAGUAACAUGGAUCGUGUGUGAAGUGCUGCCUCUCAUCAUUCCUAUCCUGCGGUCGGCUGGACUUCAUUUCAACCUAACCAUUAAUGUACAGUAGCUGGAAUUCAAGAUUCUGAGUGUGUUAAAACACUUUUUGUUUUAAAAGGAGGAGAGUAAUUCCCUUUGUGACCCCGAUACGGUGCACGCAGUUUGAAGUUGUGACUUGAGGUUUUGUGAACAAAUUUAAAAUGAGUUUCUGUUACUGAUGAGAAUGACUUCCAGGGAAACAACAUCCAAUGGGGGUAGAUAUUAAUCGUCCUUCUCUGAAACGUGCUAUCUUUAUUUUACUUUGUGUUUGUUUACAUUUUUCUCGUGUUAUAUAACUAUUAUUAUCUGUGAUGUAAUUGUGUGUGUGUGUGUGUGUGUGUGUGUGUGUGUGUGUGUGUGUGUGUGUGUGUGUGUGUGUGUGUGUGUGUGUGUGUGUGUGUGUGUGUGUGUAGAAUUCAUUACUGUGAGUACUUGGACCGCCACCAUGAGAAUCUCCCAAAAGCAUCAAAGUGAAGAGCGAUUCCCUCCACUUUGGAGCACUUCAGCAUGAAACCCCCCCCCCAACACCGCCCUCAUGCUCCACACCACGGAGGUCCCAGUUGCCAUGGUGAUCUCAUCGCCCAAUUCAGUCUCUUUUCCACUCGACCCCUUUUGAUGAAAUCCUGCCCAUUCUCCCUCGGGCUUUUGUGCAGAUGUACUGUAGGUCCGUACUGUAGGGACACGUGUUUGGGUUGGAGCUGCUGACAGAUUUCUUGAUAACAUCCUUUAAUCUUCAUUCCCUCAACCUGGAAAAAAUAUUUCUCCAAGUAUUUUUUCCUUUUAUAAAUCGCCUUUGACAGUUAGGGAGUGACCCCUCGCAUCUUUUAAGUAACAGAGAAGUAGCUGCUUUCAAAUGGGUUCAUAUUCAAACGGAAGAGGAACCGUUAACAAAAGAAAGUGGUUUUUAAUUUCCUGAAAUCUGCAACAAAAAAAACACAACAGCGGUAGACGCUUCUGAUUGGCUAAUGAGGGAUAAAGCGGUCAAAGUAUUUGGAGAAAGAAAAGUAGAGGACACCUUGCAGGGGGGAGAGAAAUGGAAAUGUUGGUUUCAAAUCCCCAAUUAGUAUUCAUGAGAUCAAGACUAAUCAUUGUAAUUAAUGUACAGCAUAUGCUCGUACAGGCAUUCGAGUGGGGGUGAGAGUGUGUGAGCAUUUACAUGAAGUCCCUGGGAGAUGGCGUAUUUUUGAAGGUUGACCCGGAAGUUAGCAGCGCAAGGGUUACCUCAACAAAAAGCUAAUGGAUCUAACAGAAAACCUAUUCAAAACCUAUUGACUUUGAAUCAAGGGAAGUAGAAGUGGUAAAAUGCUGACUCAUUUCUUGGUUUUUGACUCAUUCCUGCACCACUCCAUGACACUGGACUCUGAAGCAAAUUUGGCACAGUGGUCAAACAGUGGAAUUACAACGUCCAGGGGUUUGGUAAAAUGAAGCCCAAAUGACUUUUUCCCAUUGACUUGCAUUGGGAAAGAAACCUCUGUUUAUCAGCGUGCACUUUGUUUGAAAGAAGAUCAUAUUCCCAGUGAACUACAGUGAGAAAUCCUCAGGUCUUACGAGUUAUAAAAUGUACUAAUGGACGAAUCCAGGGUUGUUAUGGAGCAUGUGAACGGACAGAUAGGGGGCUGGGUAAAAGGAAAGCGCUAGUGCAUUUGCGUCAACCCCCCAUAUAUGUGAAAAAUCAAGGGAAGACGAGUCAAACUUUUGUGGAUUUGUGCGCGUUGAGCAAGCUUUUGGGGAAUGUUCCUACCUCCAACGCUGUAAUGUUUCACACUACCAAACAUCUAGAAGAGUAUGCUAACCAACCACGGAUACCCGAUCAAACACUAGCCUUUCAGAGCGAACUUUAACAGCUGUGUUCAAGAUCAGAUAUUCUGUCCACGUCGUGGGGGUUUUGGAUGGGUUAGUGGUGGCUGUUCUCGGCUACGUUUGCUCUUGGCUUCGAUAACUUAGUUCCAAAAGGUUACCACAUUCCUAGUAAUUGUCUUUAACAAGAGUGCUAGUAAAACACCUGCCUCCUACUGAUGCUGCUUGCCAGCCACUACCACAACUACGUCUCUUCUUUCCACUCCCCAUUUCUAACCCUCAGACCCUCUAUCUCCCCCCCCUCCUUACAACCUUCCUUCACACCGUCCCUCCCCGUCCUUCUCUCUAAAACCACUUUGCUUCAGCCAAAAAGAAUCAAAAUCAAUAUACAGCUACUUUUUAGAAAGACCAAAUUACGUUGUAUCUUUUCCUCCAGCCCUCCUUGGUAGUUGUGGUGGUGGCAUGCAUAUAAAAGCACACACACGGCUGUGUGCGGUACAGUGAGUUACACCAUUAAAGCGAGGCUUUUCUUGCAGGAAUGCUGCUGUUUAGUUUGCAGUCUCAAGUGAACCGGAGCUUGUAAACCAAAGCGGACUCACAAGUAGCUCAGUUGUUGGACAAAGUGUUGGUAACCUGCCAAGCUGGAGACGUUGUCGUAGAAUCAACACAGACCUGACACCAGCUCCUGUUACUGCAGAGUUGGGUCCGAUCCAUACCAAGAAGAAAGAGCUAGAUGGUAAAUGGACUGCAUUUAUAUAAUGCUUUUCCAGUCCCUGCAACUCCUUAAGGCUCCUUUAUAUAUAGAAUUCAGCCAUUGACACACAUUCAUAUAGACACAGAGGCUGCUUUACAAGGGCCCAUCUGCUCAUGGAGACUAACAUCACGCACCGAUGGCCAGCAAUUUUUGGUUAAGUGUCUUGCCCAAGAACACGUUGACAAACUGACUGCAGGGGUUUUGAACCACUGACAUCAUUCAUUGGACGAACCUUCCGCCGCCUGAUAGGAGCAUCAGUCCAGACUGUGGUUUGGCUCACGGCUUUCAAACUGUUAACAGCCCAAUAGCAGAGGUACCCACAAUCCCUUGUGUUUUGGGUUUGUUUCCGCAUUGCAAUAUGAUCCACAAUGUCCUGGUUUUGGAUCCGCAUUAGCAUUGGCCAUUCUUCCUGCGGCAUCAGAGGGAAUGACCAUGAAAACAUUAUGAUUGAAAAGGUAAAUGAUGGAUGAUCUGUACCAAACUAUAAUUUCAUAUAUUAGUCCGUGCAUCCGCCUAGACUGCGGUUUUGCUCUUAGUUGGCCUUUCCAACUAUUAACUGCCCGCCACAAUCCCUUGUGUUUUGGGUUUGUUUCUGAAGUCGGUUUGCAUAACACUCCCAAUCUCAUAAUGCAAUGUUAGCUGGCAAACAAACGGAGCAUAUUUUUCUAUAAUUGUGGCUAUUAUUUUGACGUAUAUUGCAAUUGUGAUUUGAUUUAUGAUGUCUUUGUUUGGAUCAGCAUUAGCAUUAGCAUUAGCUAUUCUUCCAUGGGUAUCAGAGGGAAAAACCAUUUAUGAAACAUUGAUGGAAAAAGGUGAAUGAUCACGGUGUGGUAAAGAGGAACUGAACCACACAAAGAUGUUAUUAGGUCUGUGGAAUAUAUGUAAGCGGGGAUUCACACAAUUCAUUCAGAUAUUUUCACAUAUUUGUCCUUCUGAUAUGUGAUUUUGAACGCUGCACCAGUGAAUAAUUCGAUUUAACUUGCAUUUUCAUCAACUGUGCAACCCUAAAAGCCACAUUCUCAGUAUCCAUGCUCCAACAAUUGGACACACAAAUGAAACUGUAGCAGUGAACCCUCCACAUUUUGAUAAACCCCUGCUGAGUGUGAAUCGACCUGGAGCAUGGUUUGAAUAUUCUUAUGUAUCUGUUCAGUACUCCCCAAAACAUGGAUGGAGGUGGCGAUCGAUUUUCUUUUGUGUGUAAGCGUUCAGAGUUGUUACGAAUAUCUGCUAAAUAACAGAUCUGGUUGUUGGAGAGAUUCUAUGUGACCUUGUAUUUAUGUGAAGUAAAUGCUUCUAUGUGUGUGGAAUUGUAUGUGAAAACACCCAAUAAAAAAUAUGUCUC